AUAAGUACAACUAGAGCUCAAAUUAGACCUUUCUGUUUAUUAUUGCAAGAGUUUGGUCAUAGUUAAUAUAUCAUUAUAAUGGUAUUUUAUUAAGAACCCAGUCAAGUCGUCUUUCAUUUAUUCCCAUUUUUCUGAAGCAAUUUCACACGUUUUAUUGAGUUUUCCACAUACAUUUUGAAUAGUAUAUCUAGUUUUGGGAUGCCAGACAACUAUAUUUAUUCUAUGAAAUUUGUCAGAAACAUGAAUCAAAUUAUCAUGAGUAGUACAUUUUUAGUAAAACUAGAAUUUAAUUUCACAGUGAGGUACAGCAGCUGUUAAUAAAAAACAAAUAUACUGAUCAAGUAUGGGUAGGUAGGACAUAAAACAUACAUAAAAUCCCACCCACAUUUUGCCAACAUCACUAAUGUCAGAAACAAACAUUUAACAAUCAAGUCAUGUAGGUAUAAUAAAUAUAUCUUAUGUUUGUUAGUCUUUUUUGGGCAAUCAUAUGAUUUAUUCUCCCAUUCUUGUUUUUUAAUAUAUUUAACAAAGUUGUAUAACCUUAAUGAAACCCUGUGGUUAAUAUCAAUUGGCCAGAAUCUUAAGUAGCCUGAAAUAUGGGUUCUGAAAGGAGCUCUGGUAGCAUAAAAGAUGCAGCAAUUGACUUUUCUGCAGGUUCAUUAGGUGGUGUGGGACUGGUGUACGUUGGUCAGCCCCUAGACACCAUUAAAGUGAAGAUGCAAACAUUUCCAAACUUGUACCAGGGUAUGGCUGACUGCUUUCGACAAACGUUAAUGAAAGAGGGAAUCACCAAAGGAUUAUAUGCUGGAACACUUCCAGCUGUUGUUGCUAAUGUAGCUGAGAAUUCUGUACUGUUUGCUGCAUAUGGAACAUGUCAGAAAGCAAUGAUGAUGCUGACAAAAAAGGAGAAAUCAGAAGACUUGAGCACCUUGGCCAAUGCAUCAGCAGGUUUCUUUGCUGCAUUCUUUUCCUCCUUCACUCUGUGCCCCACAGAACUAAUCAAGUGCCAGCUGCAAGCCAUGAGAGAAGUGCAGAUGCAGUCUAUCACAAACGACAGCCAUCGUCAGACGAUUGGCCCAUGGAAACUUACACAGAAGAUAAUCCAACAGGAGGGAGUCCAAGGCCUGUUCCGAGGAUUAGGAACGACAAUAGCUCGUGAAAUGCCAGGAUACUUUUUGUUCUUUGGAGGUUAUGAAGCCACUCGUGAUCUACUUACACCAGUCGGGAAAACAAAGGAUGAGAUUGGUCCACUGCGGACAAUGAUAUCUGGUGCUGUUGGAGGAAUUGUGUUCUGGAUUGUAAUCUUCCCUGCGGAUGUUGUUAAGUCUCGGAUACAGGUUUCGAGACUCACUGGUUCCCUGUUGUCCAUUAUGGUACAGAUAUUCAGACAGGAAGGCUAUCAAGCCCUCUACAGUGGAUUACAACCUACAUUAGUGAGAACAAUUCCAGCAACCGCAACACUAUUUCUCCUAUAUGAAACAACAAAGAAGGUUCUGCACGAACUAUGUGACUGAAAAAUGUUGUUAACAGUGGGAAUUGUCUGGAUUACUGUACCAGAACCCAACUGCCAUGUGGGAGUUUUCCCUGUCACAUAUCAUAUGACAAAUUCAUUUACCGCAAGUGUUCUGAUAUUAUAACGUUCCAUAUUGACUUUCAUAAUUAUCUUUAUGCAAUACAUACGCCUUUGUUUCUGGAACAGAAAAUUAAGAAAAAUUAACACUUUUAAUGUUAUGAAUGGAAUAUAUCCACUGCGAGGAAAAGUACACCAUGGAUUUUACAUGAAAUCAUGUAAUAUACAGAGUACUGUAACAUCAGUAAUUUGUUUAGUUUUAUGUUCACACAAAGUUAUGAAGUUUUCUUUUCUGCAUUUGUAAUUGACACUGAUGUCCACUUAUUGUAGCUACAAAUACUACACUUCGACUAGAUGAAUUAAUCAUUUUUGCUGGAUUUUAUGCAUUUAUUAUAUUAGUAAGAUCAUGACGACAAUGAAAGUUUGUCAAAAUUGGACCAGCCAUUUCAAAGUUAUAAGUAUACACCCAUCGAAAACUAUAGUAUAUUACUGGACAUGUUUCCUUAGGUGUCCACAUAUUAUAUCUGAAACUACUAAAUUCAUUUUUAAUAAAUCUGGAACCUGGUGUGUGAUAUGCUUCAAAUUAAAUUGUCAGAAGUUUUAGUACCAUUCAUACUACUAGUAGAUGUAUUUGAAACACGAAUCCAUACAGAUAAAAAAAACCCAAUGAUUCAUCACUUAACAACAAGAGUAAAAACAUUGCACAGCUGGUAAGUUCUUACUUACAAUUUUUGUAAUAAUUUAUCACCCCCAAAAACCACAUAAUUUUCUAAACCUAUCACAAUACCAAACUUCAAGAUUGUAUCCUGAAUGACACUGACGACAUUACCACCUCAUAUGUUUUCACUGCCAUCAUGCUGGUAUGUUAAUAACAAGAAGCUGAAAAGUACCAAGAUGGUGUGGCCUUGAAUGGCAUGAUAUUUGUAGUUUUUUUAAUCAGAAAACUGUUAGUAACUAAUAAUUUAUGUUAAUAAAUCAGUGGAUAGACCAAAAACACAAGUGGUUUACAUGGUUCCAAAGAAGGAAUUUUAUUCCUUCAAAACCCUGAAACAAAAUAUGUUCUACUUUCAACCCUUAUAUAAAUGCUCCAAGACAAGCACCAUUAUCAGAGGAAUGUAACUUCCUCAGCUGAUACAACAUAAUUCAGAAUACAAUCAAUCUGUACUAAAAAUCAUACGUGUAUAUAAUUAAAGCUCAAUCACCUAUCUAGCUUUGCUGCCAAUGCCACAAAACAGAUCACAUAGCUGUACAGGACACUCUGUCUUGAAAUUCCUCCCAAAUCUUCUUUGCUAGGUACUUUUCUUGCUCCUCUGCAGGCAGCUGCUUCCAAUCAAACCAUGGAACCUAAAAAUACAAAAAUAUGAUAUAUAUAAAACAUAUAUUGAAUGAAUGAAUAUAAUUUAAUCUAUAUUGUAAAGAAACCAUGAACUGAAUUUCAAGAAAUGUAACUUACAACUACAGGCUUGUAACCUAAUAACUGUAGGUGUCGUAACUUGGAAGACAUGGAACCAACAGGUUUGUUUAGUAUUUUGAUGUAAGAAUUCCAUCCACCAAUGACAAUGCAGUACCAUUUUGUAUCUUGAAAAUCUGGAGGCCUUUUGCAGGUUCCAAUUUCAAGUUUUCGGAAGGAAGGUGGAAUAUUAACGGCUGAACCAUCAGCACGAAUACCAUACACAAUAUCUGUAAACAAAUAGAAGAUGAGAAACAAUUGAAAAUAAACUGAUCUUAGAUGGAAGAUGGCUGUCUUCUGGGUUGUAGCAUCUUGCAGUCUUGUAGAAAACUCAAUACAGUAACUCACCACGG